CCAGCGAGAGGAGGUAUGGCAACAGAAAAUGUAGAACCAAACACUGUUCUGAAUAUAGAUUUUAAAAAGUUAUUAUGCUGAAAUAGUGUGCCGGCUAUGUUCGCAGUAUUUCUACGCAUGUUGUUGGACUACACGGACUCCACAUUACAAAAGUUUCUAAGCAGGGUACGGUGAGAUAACUUUGGCAACUAUCUCAUCAGACUUCCACGUCUCCAACUAACUAUGGCGCUGAGGGCGAUAGUUUUAUACGAUUUUGUUUCCGAAAACCCAGGUGAGAUAUCAGUCGUCGAAAACGAAGUUUUAACUUUGUAUAGUGAAGAUAUUGUCGAUGGCUGGCUGGAAGGAGUCAACAGUAGAGGUCAGUCGGGACUGUUCCCAGCAUCAUACGUGGAAAUUCUAAGGACCGACGAUGGAAUACCAAUACAAGGGAAUGGAACAGCUGGAGAUGCACAUAGCACUGGCUCUACUAUAACUGGUACAGAGUAUUCCUACCACAUAAAUGCUCAGAAAGGGGACACAUCAGCCGAGUCAGCACCGACUCAUUUGGGUUACGCGCAACAACACAGUUAUCACACAAGUCAAGGCAGUGACGAGGACUGGGCCGACAAUCAAAACGUUGCAGAUGCACCAGGUGUGGUACAAGGCAGAGGUGGCAAUGCGCAAAAGUGCCAGGCCACGGAGUCUACUAGACGUGGUAGCGCCCAACAAUCAAGGAGUUCUGCAACUGUUGGUAAAAACCUUAAUAGGUUUUCCACGUUUGUGAAAUCGGGAGGCGAGGCUUUCGUUUUAGGUGAGGCUUCGGGAUUUGUCAAAGAUACCGAUAAAAUAUAUGUAGUUAUGGGCCCGUUUGGUCCAGAAUGGCAGGAGAACCCGCAUCCUUUCACGUGUACCAUCGAUGACCCCACAAAACAGACCAAAUUUAAAGGUAUUAAGUGCUACAUGUCCUACGGACUUACACCUAGUCAUACACAGAGCCGGGUAAACAGACGUUACAAACACUUUGACUGGCUUUACGCACGACUCGUGGAAAGGUUCCCCGUUAUCUCAGUGCCUCAUCUGCCAGAGAAACAGGCCACGGGUCGUUUCGAAGAAGACUUUAUUUGUAAGCGGAGAAGAGGUUUAAUAUGGUGGAUGGAUCACAUGACGAGUCACCCUGUUUUAUCCAGGUGUGAUGUCUUCCAGCACUUUCUUACCUGCAGCAGCAAUGACGAAAAAGCCUGGAAACGAGGGAAACGCAAGGCAGAGAAAGACUAUUUAGUCGGUGCCAACUUUUUCCUUACGAUAAUCCCACCGGCCGCUCCUCUUAACAUGCAAGAAGUAGAAGGCACGGUGGAUGGCUUCAAAACGUUCACCAAAAAAAUGGACGACAACAUUGUGCAAUUAAACGUUACAAUAAGCGAAUUUGCACGAAAGCAAAUGACCGGAUUCAAAAAGGAAUAUCAGAAAGUUGGGCAGGCAUUCCAUCUUUUAAGUCAAGCAUUUGAGUUCGAUCAGCAAAUAUAUUCUAUUAAACUGAAUCAGGCAAUCGCAUUUACUGGAACGGCCUACGAGACCAUCGGGGACUACUUCUCCGAACAGCCCCGUCAGGACCUGGAUCCGGUGUCAGAUCUUUUAGCCAUUUACCAAGGACAUCUGACAAACUUUCCAGACAUCAUCCACGUUCAGAAAGGAGCCCUGACUAAAGCAAAGGAAAGCCAGCGUCACAGUGAUGAGAAGGACAGUUCUGGCAUGAUAGGAAUCAGUGACCGUUGCAAGAUAAUUUCCUGUGCAACACUUGCUGAGAUCCAGCACUUUCACCGGACACGUGUGCGCGACUUCAGGGUGCAUAUGCAGCACUAUCUGCAGGAGCAGAUUGCCUUCUUCCAGAGAAUCAUGACUAAACUGGAGGAAGCCUUGCACAUGUAUGAUGAAGCAUAAAGAAGACAAAUUACCAUGAGUAGCAAUGUUCUGGAUGAGCUCUGACAUACAGGCAUCUGAAUAAAUGUCAAUAAAUAUAGAGCCUAGUAUAUUCAACAAAAUUAAACAAAGGUGUAUGCAGUUAUAGAAGAAUAAUGGAAUACUGAUUAGUUCUGGGAGUCUAAAGUAAGAAUGGUGUGUGGUCUCUGUGUGGCAGAGGAUAAUUGAGUUUCUAAAAGUGAAAGACUUUUUUUGCAUGUUUUUUUUAUGAAAUAUGAAUAGGGCUUUAUAUUUGGAUCAUAUAUAGUUUAUGCUAAAGAUCACAAAAAUAUAAUCCCUAUAUGCAAUUCUCUAUUUUAUUCAGUAAAGUACAUUAGUCAGGUCAUAAACGACUCAGAGUAAAACUUGUGACCCGAUUCCAGGUAGAACCUGCCUUUUUUACUUGACAUGCGUUUUGGCUUGGACUUUAACUUACAGAUGUUCGUUCCUUUAUUUUAAUUACCAUUUAAUUUUCAGUCAUUUUGUUACAGAUCUAUAUUAAUGAAUCUCUAACAUAUCUAAGGAGUUCUCAUUUAUUUCAGAUGCUAAUAUCACAUUUCCUUGUUGUAGACCCUUGUCUAUACAAUUGGGAAAAACAAAACAUGUCUGUUUCAAAUUAAGACAGCAUCAGAAAGGCUGAAAAGGGUUAUGCACAUUUUCAGCCACUGAGGCAUAAAGCAAGAGAAGCAUGACCUAGAAAGCAUGCGCCUGACCCUCGCUAUCUAGAUGACUUACCAGAUACUGCACAAAAGAUCACUUAAAACUCAUGGGCUCAGUUUACCCAUGUCUAUUUUUCAGAAAAGAUUAUCCUUAGGGCACCAGAGGCUGUCUUAGGACAGUGGGAAAUUCUCACAUCAAGUCAUCUACUCACAUGGCGCAACCGAUUUCAGCAUUGAAAAAAGCUGGUUUACUGUGACCCUCUGUAUUUUAGAAUUUAAAGUCCAACUACAGAAAAAGAAUCUGGAAAAGAUUAAAUAUGAAGGAAAUGCUCAAAUCAUCCAAUUUAUUAAAAUUACUCUAUUGGAAUAUGAAUGCGAUCUGAAUCAGAAUGAAAAUAUAUGAUGGGAGUUUUAGCUGAUUACACCUCAUAGAAAAAAAAAUCUGUCAAUAAAAUCAAAUUUGACUAGUUAUCCAAAAGAUCUGUGACAGCUUUACAAAAAGAUCACCCAGAACAUCACCUCCUAACACGGGCCAACAUGCACUGUUUGGAGAUGUACAAUGGCUCCUCAAAAUCAAUGUUUGUGCUUGGGAAAUGAACAUUAAAUAUACUUAGAGAGCCACCAACAUUUUCUGAUGUUAUGAGAACUCAAAAUACCUCCACCUAUGCAGUCUACAGCAGCUUAUCACCUCCCACUUACAUUGCAGUUAUCCAGCAUGAUUGCUUUUUGAAUGAUGCACAAUAUAGUGCAUCCAAUCAGAACAGAGCUAAUUGAAAUGUCUUAAAAAUGUGUUUGAAAUACUGUACUACAUACUGUUCAUGUACUGAUUGGGCCCCAAAUCAGUAUGUCGUAUGCAGUAUGCGACCAAUAUUUCCAGUUUAUGAAAGAUACAUACUACUCCAGCCAAAUUCCAGAGCCAUCUUUGUGGUACACUGCAUCCUGUCAUGCAACAGUGGUGGAAAAGCACAAGUGGGUAGAACUUCAUACUUUCACAAGACCCCGUAGUAUGGUCUGCAUUUGUCGCAUACUGAAUACUAUGCUGCAUGGGGACCAGUAUGCAAUAUACAAUAUUUAAAUUAUAUGUUAUUGCUCAAUUAUGAAUUAUGAGUCUUUUGGGAACAUAAAGCCACAUUGUUAACAUUGUAAGUUGAGUUAAAAGAAAAAUGUAGGAUAUGGGCCUUUAUCUUUCAACAUCUUUACAAAGUGUUCCAAUUAUGAUGCAACAAUUGCCUCUAGGCCAUUCUAGCAGUCGUUCUAGCACUACAUUGUGAAUACAAAUAUUCUUUUAAAAAAAUUAAUUAAUGAAAAAAAAAAGACAAACCUCAAAAGAAUCAAAGCAAUGCAUAUUAUUCAGAAUGAAACAAUACAAUGCAUGCGGUUGUCAGCAGGGUAGUCACUGGUCAACAGACCUUGCACGAAAAUAAGCCAUUACCAGUUUCUAUGCCUACUGCAAUGAGACAGCUAUGCUACUUUUACUCUAAGUGCAGCUCUCCACACUGCAGUUGAAUUAUUCAUAAGAGCUUAUGUUCUCUCUUCAUUCCAAACGUGGAGGGUCACAAGGCUGGCAAGGGGUACAAAACCCUUUCCAAAGAGUUUGGCCUACCCGUGUCCACCGUUGGGUGCAUCAUCCGGAAGUGAAAGGCUUACGGAACUACUGUUAACCUUCCAUGGCCUGGACAGCCUUUCAAAGUUUCCUCCCGUGCUGAGGCCAGGCUUGUCCAAACGGACAAGGCUGACCCAAGGGCAACAAGGAGGGAGCUCCGGGAAGAUCUCAUGGCAGUGGGGACACUGUUUUCAAUAAAUACCAUAAGUAACGUACUAUACCGUAAUGGUCUCCGUUCCAGGCGAGCCCGUAAGGUACCUUUACUUUCAAAGCAUCAUGUCAAGGAGCAUCUAAAGUUUGCUCAUGAUCGCUUGGAGCACUCUGAGGCAGUCUGAUUCAAGGUUCUCUGUUCUGAUGAGACCAAGAUCAAGGUCUUUGGUGCUGACCACACCCGGGGCGUUUGGCAAGAGGAUGGCACUGCAUACGACCCCAAGAAUACCAUCCCUACAGUCAAGCAUGGUGGUGGCAACAUCAUGCUGUGGGGCUACUUCUCAGCCAAGGGGCCCGGCCAUCUGGUCUGCAUCCACGGGAAGAUGGAUAGCACAGCCUACGUGGAGAUUUUGGCCAAAAACCUCCGCUCUGUCAUCAUGGAUCUUAAGAUGGGUCGUCAUUUCAUCUUAUAACAGGACAACGACCCCAAGCACAUGGCCAAGAAAACCAAGGCCCGAUUUAAGAGGGAAAAGAUCAAGGUG